CUCUCCCGCCGCCCCGCCGGGCCCCGCGCUCCGCCGCCUCCUCGCCGCCCACCCCUCGGCGCGCCAGCCCCGGGGACUGCGCCGCCUGAGCCCGGCCCCUCCCUCGUCCGGGGCCGCGGCCUGCAGCGGGCCGGGGGCGGGUCCUGGCACCCACCAUGCGGGCAGAGCUCUGGCUCCUGGUGCUGGUGUUCAGGGAGGCUGCCCGGGCGCUGAGCCCCCCGCCCGGAGCAGGUCAGGAUGCAGGCCGAGGCUCUGGAUGGGCUGCCAAGGGGGCCACACAGAGUUGGAGUCGGAGAGCCCGAGAGAGCCCUGGGCAGGUGUUGGAGUCAGACAGGACCCAGCUGAGCCAAGACCCAGGCGGGGGCACCCUGGCCAUUGACACACUACCUGAUAACAGGACCAGGGUUGUGGAGGACAACCACAACUACUACGUGUCCCGUCUGUAUGGCCCCAAUGAGCCCCGCAGCCGGGAGCUGUGGGUGGACGUGGCCAAGGCCAACCAGAGCCAAGUGAAGGUCCAUAGAAUCCUCUCCAACACCCACCGGCAGGCUUCGAGAGUGGUCUUGUCCUUUGAUUUUCCUUUCUACGGGCAUCCUCUGCGGCAGAUCACCAUAGCAACUGGAGGCUUCAUCUUCAUGGGGGACACGAUCCAUCGGAUGCUCACAGCGACUCAGUACGUGGCGCCUCUGAUGGCCAACUUCAACCCCGGCUACUCUGAGAAUUCGACAGUCGCUUACUUUGACAAUGGGACAGUCUUUAUUGUUCAGUGGGACCACGUCUACCUCCAAGGCCGGGAGGACAGGGGCAGCUUCACUUUCCAGGCAGCUCUGCACCACGAUGGCCGCAUUGUAUUUGGCUACAAAGAGAUCCCUAUGCCUGUCCUGGAAAUCAGCUCCUCCCAGCACCCCGUCAAAGCAGGCCUGUCAGAUGCCUUCAUGAUUCUCAACCCUUCCCCGGAUGUCCCAGAAUCUCGGCGAAGGACCAUCUUCGAAUACCAUCGUGUGGAGCUGGACCCCAGCAAGGUCACCAGCACAUCAGCUGUGGAGUUCACCCCAAUGCCAACCUGCCUGCAGCAUCAGAGCUGUGACGCCUGCGUGUCCUCAGACCUGACCUUCAACUGCAGCUGGUGCCAUGUCCUCCAGAGAUGCUCCAGUGGUUUUGACCGCUACCGCCAGGAGUGGCUGGCCUACGGCUGUGCCCAGGAGGCAGAGGGCAGGACGUGUGAGGACUUCCGGGACGAAGGCCACUACUCGGCCUCCCCCAACAGCUCCUUCGGUCCCUUUGACGGAGACCUCACCACCACUUCCUCCUCGCUCUUCAUCGACAGCCUCACCACAGAAGAUGACACCAAGCUGAAUCCCUAUGCAGGAGGAGAGGGCCUUCAGAACAACCUGUCCCCCAAGACCAAGGGCCCCCCCGUGCACCUGGGCACCAUCGUGGGCAUUGUGCUAGCGGUCCUCCUGGUGGCAGCCAUCGUCCUGGCUGGGAUUUACAUCAACGGCCACCCCACCUCCAACGCCGCGCUCUUCUUCAUCGAGCGGAGACCUCACCACUGGCCAGCAGUGAGAUUCCGCAACCACCCCAACCACUCCACCUACACGGAGGUCGAGCCCUCGGGCCACGAGAAGGAGGGCUUCGUGGAGGCUGAGCAGUGCUGAGGGCACCGGGCCUCCCCUUGGAAGGAUAGGAAAGAAGACCCCAGGUCCCCAAAGAAGAUCAGUGGAAGCGAAUCAGUGAAGUGACUUUUCUCGGCUUCCUCUGAACUUGCCCUGGCUGGGAAGAUGGAGAUGAGACCCUGGCUUCCGGGGCCAGACCCCCAGUUUGCCCUUCGCACACCACAUACUGAGGCAAGGGGCCCGAAAAGCAACCCCAUGAGGUGUUUAAGGGACAACAACCCAAUCUCAUCCUGUUUUGAUGUGAGGGUCUCUCGAAGGUCGCCCCCGGUGGUCCUGCCCCAGCGGCCCUUCCCACCUGAGGCACCUAACGCCCCUCGGCAGGACACAGAGAGCAAGGCUCUAGGUUGGGGCCACAUCCCAGGGUCCAUAGACUCCAGAGCUGGUCCUCAUGGCUAUGGAUUCAGUGUAUAUCGCCCCAGCCUUGGCAGCUCUGGAAGUCUGAAGACGUUCCGGCCAUCUGCUAAACACAGGGACGGCUCUGUCUGGCAAUGUCUUCACUGGAGGAAAGCCAAAUGCCAGGAGAGGAAAGUACUUGUGGGGAGAAAGUUGCAUUUUUGGGCCUUACUCCCUAGAGUUACCCUUUCUGCUGAGAACCAGUCUUACAUGGAGCGUGUGUGCCACCCGCCGCCUCAU